CGGGCGGGACUUCCUUUCUCUUGCGGAUGCGUUUGGCGUGAACACAGCAGCAGGCAGAAAGGGCUUGGUCCAUCGGGGUGUCACCGGUCUAUCCGUGCGCCUCUGGACGGGGCAGACAACCUGGCUGACGACGCUGCCGCCGCCGAAGCCCCGUGGAUGAGCCUCGUCCCCGGCUAUGCUUCCCUGAGAGCGCCGCGAGUAUCCGCCCCGCCAACAUGUCUGAUGUCAACAAGACUAUUCAGAAAUGGCACGCCAGUUUUAAGAAAGGCACAGACUUUGACUCGUGGGGACAAUUAGUGGAGGCUAUAGAUGAGUACCAAAUUCUGGCAAGACAACUGCAGAAAGAGGUGCAGUCAACAAAUUCGCCCGACUUCACAGAGGAGCAGAAGAAAACUUUAGGGAAGAUCGCAACAUGCCUGGAGAUGAGAAGUGCCAGUUUGCAGUGCACUCAGUCAAAGGAAGACUUCAAAUUAGAAGACCUGAAGAAACUGGAAAGCAUAAUUAAAAAUAUACUCACCUACAACAAAGAGUUUCCUUUCGAUGUUCAGCCAGUGCCAUUGAGGAAAAUCCUCGCUCCCGGUGAAGAGGAGAACCUUGAGCUGGAGGAGGAAGAGGAUGCCGCAGCAGGAGCCGGUUCAACGGAAGCUUUUCCUCCUCGAGCUCCCGCUUCACAAGGUACCUUGUUGCCACGGUUACCUUCAGAGCCCGGGAUGACGCUACUUACAAUAAAGAUUGAAAAAAUUGGGUUGAAGGACGCCGGGCAGUGCAUUGAUCCUUACAUGACCGUUAGUGUCAAAGAUUUAAAUGGUCUCGAUCUGAACCCAGUGCAGGACACCCCGGUGGCCACCAGGAAGGAGGACACCUACAUACACUUCAGCGUGGACGUGGAGAUCCAGAGACAUGUGGAGAAACUACCAAAAGGAGCAGCUAUCUUCUUUGAAUUCAAGCACUACAAACCCAAAAAGAGGUUCACCAGCACAAAAUGUUUUGGCUUCCUCGAAAUGGACGAGAUCAAACCGGGUCCGAUCGUCAUCGAGCUGUACAAGAAGCCCACAGACUUUAAGAGGAAGAAACUGCAGCUUCUCACAAAGAAACCACUUUAUCUCCACCUCCAUCAGACGUUACACAAGGACAGCUAAAUCAGAGCGAACCCACCUCCUCUAAUCUCUAACGUCCAACAAAACGUGGUGUCGUCCCUCUCAUCACAUCCAGCAAUACUAAAAAAAAAAAACAAAAAACAAGGCUGUGGUGUUUAUUUGUUUGUUUUUGUUCCAAGUAUAUGAAGAAAGUAAAAGUGAACUGAGCCACAUGUUCCUCACAUCAGCUCACGCUCUCAUUUUUAUAGUCAAACAGCAGUGUUUUUACUGUUUUUUGGAGGGUUUUCUGUAAUCCAGCAGUAGCAUUAAAAAACAAAAAAAACUAAAAAACACCUCAUCAUCGGUCUUCCUUCGCUCACUGAUUCUGGGAAACAGGGACACAACCUCGGUCACUGCAGGUGCUUUAACUUGAAGUCUUUAUAGUUUGACUCGUUGUGUUUGUGCCGCUGGACUUUGGACAAAAGGUAAAAAAAUCAGCAAAACAUUAACAUUUAAAGUCUCUUAACAGUAACCACCCCAAACUUCUUCUUUUUUUCAAUUUUUUUUUACCAAACUAAAAUAUGUGGAUGUUGUUGUUUUUGGGGGAAUAAUGUGUGCAGCGGGAUGUGAUUCAGUAAGUAGAGGCCCUGAUGGAUGACAGACAAGUCAGAAACUACUGUUUUGCUGCGUUUGCUCUUGUUAAGACUGAAUCCUGAGGCUUUUUGUUAAUGAUGUUUGAUUAAUGCAGCAGCAGAAUUGUAGCCCCGCCCCCUUUCAGUCAGGCUGAUUUGAGUUGAGGAAUUAAGGCAGAACUACGCUGUUUGCUGAAUAAAUGAAAGGGUAUUGAAUGAAAAAAAAACGUGAAUUCUGCGGGGUUGUCUAUGGAGUCUGGAGUGUGCCAUCAUUUCUAAGUUUAAAGUUAACUAAAACGAUCAUUACACUAGCCCGCUUUCUUUUUGUUUGUUUGUUUUUAGCCUUUAAAUAGUGGAUUAAUCAUGUGUGGAAAUAAAAUAAAUUCGUUUUUCAUGUCACCAUUUCUUUCUGAAACGUGCUCAGCUUUUAUUUAACAGAGUAGGUCCACACUUUGGGAAAUAACCGAACAGAUCGAUACCACUCGUGUCUGUAUCAUAAAUACGGAGCCAUCAGCAGCAGCAGCAGCUUAGUUUAAAAAUGUUGUAAUUAAGCCAAUUUUUUAUAUAUUUUUUUUUUCUCAAAGUAUAUUCCUGUAAAAACUGUAAUCAUUGUGAUUAUGAUGUAAAAGUGCUUAUCUUUUAUAAACGAUCACAGAAAAAAAAAAAAGAUUAUGAAUUCUUUUAACGCUAAAGAAAUCCAGACGUUUUAGCGGUACGCUUUGGACUCCGUAGAUGUUUAGGGUUUUGUUGCUGUUUGGUUCAUCAGUGGCAUUUAUGGUUUAAAUUUGGCUCAUGUUUGUUUGUUAAACUGUAUUUUUGCUGAAUUCAGAAUUCACUUCCAAACAAGACGUGCAUUUAGCCAGAGCUCAAUCACAUGAAAAAAAAAUGAAAAAACUGUCAGAAAUACUUGACUUCUCACACAGUUAAUUUUCAACCCAAAUAUUUCACAUUUUUGCUGAAUUCAGACCUGGUGUGAAAACAGGUUGAAAAGAAAAAAAAAAACAGAUUAUUUUUUUUUAGCGCUAAAGAAAUCCGGUCAUUUUAGCGGUAUGCUUUGGACUCCGUAGAGGUUUAGGGUUUUGUUGCUGGUUGGUUCAUCAGUUGGAUUUAUGGUUUAAAUUGGGCUCAUGUUUGUUAAAUAAACUGUUGUAGCUACAUUUUACGUUGCUUUACAAAGCAGAUUUUUAAACACAAGUAUUGUUUUAAUUGAAAAUGACUGAAUUGAAAGAUUUUAACCUCCCCAGUGUUAAUGCUUCAGUAUGGAUCAUAUUUAAAUAUUGUUGCAUAAGGGUUAAUAAUACAGAUGCAGCAUGCUGUGACUUCUGUGUGAGCCAGAUUUUUUGUUUUUUCUUACCAGCAGAAAUGCAGUGUUGUGUAUCUUGCGGAUGUUUUACCACCUGCCAGACAGAGAUUUUUAAUCCAGUGUUAUUUUGCACAUUAACUGUGCUCUCUGACUGACUUUUUAAAGACCAAUGCUCCUAUUUUUAUUUUUGAAUUUUCACAUCAUGUAAUUUCCCCCCGUUCCAACUCUGCAGAUGUUCUUCUUCACUAAAACAUUAUAAUAUUUGAUUUUAGAUUUUAUUUUUGUAACGUCCCAGGAGAAAAAAGAAGAAGAAAAAAAAAAGAGGAAGUCAGGAUUGUAAAUGAACGAAGAAACACUAACAAACAGUAACUGUGUGUGUGUGUGUGUCUGUGUGUGUGAAGCACUACGACGUGACCGGACUGAGAAGUGUUUUAUGUGUGUUGACAGACUGAGGGGAGUUGUAUCGAACAUUUACAAUGCUUUUAAUUUCUAAUAAACUAUAAAUAAGA